AUGUCAAAACUAGAGUCGUCAAUAAAGACUACAAGCACUAACGAGAAAAGUCCAAAUUAUCAAAUGAGAUUAUUUAUUGUUGGUGAAAUAUAUUCAACUGAAUUAAGUUAUUUAAAACAUUUGAAAAAAUUGAGAAAACGUACAUUAUACAAUCCAAUAAUAAUACAACCCGAAACUGGUGACGAUUUCAGGACUCCUAUUUGUUCUGAGAAUGAUAAUGGUGAUUCCGAUGAGGAUGAUGAGAAUAAUGAAAGUGAUGAAGAGUGUGGACUGAGAUUGGAUGUCAACGAAAUCAGUUUCGAUGAAUAUAUCGAUCAGGGUGACAAGCACGUUAACAUUUCAGCAUUAUUCAAAACAUACCAGUCAAAAGCAUCAGACCUUUCUAAAGAUUCUGGUUUACUAAUUACGAAAAAUUAUCAAGAAAGAUUGAGUCUGUCGCAUAUUCUUUUACUAAGAUCUGAUAACUAUUCGGAAAUGCAAAUGAAGACAUUCUCUAGGGAAACACUCGAAGACUUGAUAAAGGAGAUUAAAUUAAAUUUUAUUGGAAAGGAAAAGGUGACAAGAGACAUAAAAUUAAUACUACAGGAGUAUAUUGAGGUUGCUCUUGAUGAUGAUGAUGGUGGGUUGUGCAAGCUUCACGAAACAAUUACGAACAAUUUCUCAAAAACAUUCGAUUCAACGAAUGAAAAAUAA